UAAGUUCUGCGAGUUUGAUCGGAAAGGAUUUGUUUUGAGGUUUAUUUCCAUUCGAGUCAUAUCGAUCGAUAUUGAAAAUGUGCAAGCUAAUAGUGUUCGCGAGUGUGAUGUGCGUGUUGUUGGCGGGAAGAGCCGUUUUCUCGGCACCAGCACCACAGGCGCCGGAUGCAGCUCCUCGGACGGCAGCUCAGGAUGUGGAAACUGUGCGAUAUUUCAGCGAAAAUAAUGGGCCCGAUGGAUACAAGUUCACAUACGAGCUUAGUGACGGCCAGAUUCGAUCCGAGGUCGGCACGUACCGGGACAUCAAGGAUGCCGAUGGCAACGACGUGAAGGCCCUGUUCGUGCAGGGAUCGUACUCGUUUGUCGCACCCGAUGGAAAAACCUACUGGGUGAACUACACGGCCGACGAGAACGGGUACCAUCCUAAGGUGGGUACCGGCCCGACUGGAGGAAUCCAACCGGGACAGGAUGCACCGAUAGAAAGUGCGUAGAGUGUCAUAAACGGUGUUAGGUGGUAAGUGGCUGUGUACUGUAAGGUCGAAAAAACGCUUGU